ACCGGUUCGGAAUAUUGUCCAUGGUUCGAGUACUAAUAAAAAUAAAUCCUUUCUUUUGUCUAUUGAUUCGUCGCGGCCCCACCGAGUAAUGUGAAUUUCUUGUAUUAUUUCACAAAUGUAGCGUUAUUCUGAAAGAAUUGGACUAUUAUUAUAUAAUACUCUGUAAAUAAAUCAACUUCAGUCAUAAUUAAGUGAUGAAUAGUUAAUUGCAAGUGUCGAAGUGAUCAAUCCCCAUGCACAUCUAUCCGCUGCUCGCUAAAUAGUAGCUUUCGAUCGGAUUUUCGCACGUUUGACAAUAAGUGUUGUGAGUUUCUGUAAGGUUCUCGUGCCGGUGGUUCAUAUUUGAGUGCAAAACGACGAGAAUCAGUGUUGUGGUGCAUUGCGGUGCAGUGCAGUGCAGGUUCGCAAUGGAACAGUGAACCAGCGGUCGGGGUGCGGCGCCAGGGGUCCCAGGGGGGGCCAUGCUGGAGACGCGGUCGGUGCGCGCCGCUGACUCGGUGUGGGCGAACAAGCCGCUGCCGGCGCCGCACGCCAUGGCUAAUGCUAGGCACGGGAAGAAUGCUCAGGACGAUGUGUGCUACGUGGUGGCGAAGUACGACUAUGCGGCGCAGGGGGCGCAGGAGCUGGACUUGCGCAAGAAUGAGCGCUACCUUCUGCUCGACGAUUCGAAGCACUGGUGGCGUGUGCAGAACGCCCGCAGCCAGUCAGGAUAUGUGCCCAGCAAUUACGUGAAGAAGGAGAAACCCUCGCUAUUCGACAGUAUAAAAAAGAAGGUGAAAAAGGGUUCGGGCUCGAAGACAUUACCGUCGAACAGUUCCCCGGUGCGGGGCGGGCCGGAGUCCCCGGGCGGCGGCGGCGCGGGGCCGGGCGGGCGGCGCGCGGAGCCCGCGGACGCGCUCGGCACCGCCGUCGUCAAGUACAACUACCAGGCGCAGCAGCCCGACGAGCUCUCGCUCACCAAGGGCACCAGGAUACUCAUCCUGGAGAAGAGCAACGACGGCUGGUGGCGAGGACAGUACCAGGGGCACACGGGCUGGUUUCCAUCGAACUACACAAGUGAAGAAGGGGAUAAUGAAGACCCGGUGCAUACGUACGCGAUGGCGGAAAACGUCCUCGAUAUUGUGGUGGCGCUGUACUCCUUCACGUCCAACAACGAGGCGGAGCUGUCUUUCGAGAAGGGCGACCGGCUGGAGAUCGUGGAGCGGCCGCCCUCCGACCCCGAGUGGUACCGCGCGCGCGACUCGCGCGGCCAGCUCGGCCUCGUGCCGCGCAACUACCUGCAGGAGCUCGCCGACUACCUCACGCAGCCCUACUGGUCGGUACCUUCGGUACCCCCCACACGCCGUCCUGGCCCCUCUGACUGUGCGUCUGGUUGCAGCGAGGCCAACGAGGGCGGACGGGGCGCGGGCGCGGGCGGCGCGAGCGGCGGCGCGGGCCCCGCCCCGCUGGGCCGCGCCUGGUACUACGGCGCCAUCACGCGCAUGCACUGCGACACGCUGCUGGACCAGCACGGACACGACGGGGACUUCCUCAUACGCGACUCGGAGACCAACGUGGGCGACUACUCGGUGUCGCUGAAGGCGCCGGGGCGCAACAAGCACUUCCGCGUGCACGUGGAGGGCAGCCUGUACUGCAUCGGGCAGCGCAAGUUCCCCACGCUGGACCAGCUGGUGGCGCACUACCAGCGCGCGCCCAUCUACACCAACAAGCAGGGCGAGAAGCUGUACCUCGUGCGCCCCCUGCCGCGCCCCGCGCCGCAGUGCUGAGCCCCCCCACACCCGCACACCCCACACACCCCACACACCCCACACACCCCACACACCCCACACAACACUACCCUCAAAUACAUUACAUCAUCAUACAUGCAUUUUAUCUAUGCAUUCGGCAAUGUAAUAUGACAGUUGUCAUUUUGACAGCACUAAACGGCAACCAUUUUAUAAACCUUUCGUUUUGUAGUAACUGGUUUUUAUGGAUUUUUUGAGAUUUCGAUUUAUUUUUGUAAUACUUUCCUUUAUUGGACAUUUAUACAUUAAUUUGACGAUAAAGUAAAUGUGCAAUCUUCCAUUAGAGGUAAUAUGAAGCGACAUUGUCACUUACUGAAUAUAUUAAACCAAAUGUAACACUAUACUCAGUACGCAUGUUUCAGCUAUUAACAGUCUGAUUAAUGUUAGGAAAUAAUUGUAUUUAGUUUUAUAACUAAGAAAUAACCAACAAAAUUGUCUUUGAUUGUCUCUGUGUAUGAUUAUCGCUUGUAAGUAUAUUUUAAGUGGCACAUUGGUGAAGUAUAUAAGUCCAUGAUUAUGUAAUAAGAUGGUUAAUGCAAUAAUUUAAAUGUCAACUAGAACUAAAGCUAACAUUAAUUGUUCAAAUCUAACAUUUUUCAUUGCAAAAUUUAUUUGAUACAUUGGUAUUUGAUUAAGCCAUUGUUUGGUUAAAUAUUACAUUUAUUAUUUUUACUAACUAUAAUGUUGGUUGACAGAAAUAAAAAAAAUAAAGGCCUAACAAUCUUAUUCGGCGUGUAUUGGUAUAACUUUUUAUAUUGUAAUGGGACUAUUAUUUAGUCUUCUAACUUUGGGCAUGGAUCAAAUGUAGUAAUAAAUCGUGUUAUUGUCAAUUUUAAUUGCUUAAAACUAUAAUGACAUGGUAAAUGACAAUCUUAAAUGGCCGCUUCUAUGAGGAAGUCAUUUCCCAAACAUCAACUAUCAUAUUAUAGUCUCUUUGAAAAAUUUUAGUCAAUAUAUUAGUAAAAACGAGAUAUUGAAAAUGUCUGUAGCUAAAUUUAAUCUUAAAAUGGUAAUAAAACUCGAUUCUUGUAUGAAACGCACUUAAUUCGGUGCAGGGGUGGUCGAACUGAAAGGGCAAGGGAUGUAUUUACCGAUUCACUGAAAUAAAAUUUAUUAGAUAAAUUUUUGUCUCUAAUUCUGAGGAAUUUGAAAACAUGCUGUAUAAUCACAAUUAUGAUAAAUAAUGUACCCACUGUUUAGACAGUUAUUGCGUAAAUUUUGGGCAUUCUUACUCCGGGCGGGCGGCGGGCGGCGGGCGGCGGGCGGCCGUGCGCGCGCCGCUAUCUAUGUAAUAAACCAAAUAUUGGCUUCUUAUCGCAUUCAAUACUAUAGUUAAAGUGUAAGAGCCAUUUCUAUAUCAUGUUAUUUCUUAAGUCACUUAUAAGUAAUGUAGUGUAAUUGAUAAAAAAAAAAGAUUUUUUAUAUAGUUUAAAUCACAUUUAGACGAUCGGUGUAGAUGGAAGAUGAAUCGAUCGAGUACCUACGGCCUGUAUAGUGUACCACUUGGUGGCAGCUGGUGCGCGAGGUACAAGUUGUAUAGGUACGUUGUGAUGUUGCGCUAACUUUAUAUCUAAGUCAUUUCAGGGAAAACCGCGGAGUGGAGACAACGAGAGAGAGAGUGUUGUAGAGUGGAGGAGUGGAGGUUUGGAGGGAUGGAAGUACGACUUCAUUUGUAUCGAAUUGUAGUGUUUAAACAACGAAUUAGCUAUCCCAUACGUGAUCGGAACGCCGCUAGUUUAUACAGGAUGCUUUGACAAUUUAACAUGAUGACACGAAAGCAAUUAAUCUCGUAAUCUUUUUGUGAUCAUCGUAUGCUGUGUUGAAAUUAAUAAGUUAAAAUAGUAAGAGUAAAUUCCGCAAUUUUUUCCUAAAUAAAGAGCAGCCUGUAUAACUAGCAGUGGUAGGCGAGUCUCCCGGCGGCGGUUUCCGCUGAGUGACGGCCGCUAGUCAAUGCGCCGGCAUCACACCGCUUCGCUUGUCCGCGGCGGCCGGCUCCUCGGGUUGUGUUGUGUUGUGUUGCGACAACCACGGCAGCUAUACACAUCGCUCUUGUUAUUAUAUUUACGAAUAGAAUUAAUCCUAAUAAAAAUAAAUGAAUACAAAUUGCGACGCGUAAGUUCCCAGUAUUUUAUUUUUAAAAAUUUAGUUUGUAGAUAGUGCGACAUAACGCCAUACGCAUAGUGUUUAGUACGUUUACGUUGUUCUCGCGCUUCACAUUAACAAGGAACCGUCUCAAGUGUUUGCCUUCUACAGUAUCCGCGGGUGUCCAGCCUUUUAUGACGAUUUAUACGGACUUUUGUAAAUGACACUCCUAUAGUAAAGUAUUGAAAUUAAAUCGGACAAUUAUUUUUCUAUAAACAUUUUCGUUUUCGACACACGAGCGAUAUAAGAUUUGAUGCACCAAGUGUAGAUUUGUACGAGGAACAUAGCGUUAAGUGUAGCGUUCACUGCAUAAUAGUUCGUUAAGGGUGUUUUUCCCUGAUCGGAAUUAUCGCAUUACAACUACGACUGUUGUAUAAAUUCCGAGAUGCGAGGCAAAAACAUCCUUGUGAAUGUUUAUAAUAAAUCACAUGUGAUAUGACUCGGUUCUCGUUUGAUGUUUUCAAUCGAUAUAAAUUAGAAACCGGCGGCGAUCUCCGGCAACUGGGAGCGACGCGGCCGGUCGUUUGCUAGAUCUUUUUGAUGUAUUUAAUACGUUUUAUACUCAAUAUUGUAACUAGAUUAAAUGCGAGGCAAAGUCGAUCGUAACUACAUGUGUAUUAGGGACGUUUUAGUAUGUUUUUAGUGACACGGAUUGAUACUGUAUUGAGUUGCGAUAACGUAAGGCGUUAGGUUUGAAGAUUUGGCGUUGUCGAGCCAAAGGGACGUCUUCCUAGGGCAUUGUAUACAUUUUUGUAUCGCCAUAACAGCGGAGUGCACAAAUUAUUUAAUGACACGUGCAGUACAUCUCGGAAAUUUAAUAUUAUACAAAGAUCUAAAUAUGUAGAUAAUCCUACCUAUAUGUAAAUUGCAUUCGGACAUUUGCUUCUCAGUGAUACAUUGUUCUGUUUGAUUCUACUGUAAUAUUCUUUUGUAUGAAUUAUUCUAGUAAAUUAUUGAACAGUACUUUAGUUUUAAGUGUUUGUUUCAAAAAGGGUUAUCUAUUUAGAUCUUUGGUUGUAAUAAUUGUAUACAAUUAUUUUGUACAAAGCAUUUAUGUUCGAUUCUCGGUUCAAUCGCAUAGCUUUAUGAAUACAAACAUUGCCAAAACAUAAGCAGACUUACAUUCCCACGAUAUGUAACUGAUUUCCAAAUCACAUGUCUGUAUAGUACAUACAUACACAGGCGAUAUGUAUCGUGCUAUAUUUAAAUGUGAUGUAACAAGAUUUAAACAGAUGUACACUAGUGGAGUAGUCUAGCUGUAGUGUUUGUUUUAUUUUUUAUUUUUAUAUUGCUCAAAUGGUAUUUGAUUUGUAUUUUGUACUGUAACCGAGUGUUGUAAUGUUUUCAUGUGUAUAUUGUCUGUAUGUAACGAGCAUGAUAUUGAUACAGUUGUAAGUGCAGUAUAUUUAACAAUUAUAAUUUAUUUAUUAAUUUGC